CAUUGCCAGAGCAAUCAUUCUCCCGUGUCCAUGGCGGUCUAGGGUUGCUCAGAUCAGACUCGGACGCCUAGGGCAGGUUUACGAUCCCUUUUCUUACCCCAAGCUAGGGUUUUCGCCUUUUAAUUGUUAACUCCGUCGAUGUCCGAUGAGACGUUUUAGACGAUGGCUAGCAAUGAGGAUGCUCAAUGCGCUUUAGCUUUAGCAAACGACGACUUACUCGUUACUUCUGGCAAAUGACGAUGCUCACUGCUAACAAUUGAUGUUAGGAAUGACAACAGCCUGGUACUCGUCAACAAUGGCAUUGCUCAAUACUCGUUGAAAAUGUCGAUUCUUAUCAUUCAUUGUAAUGGUGACGCUAGCACUGGGGAGAUGCACUGCCGCUUAGCAAUGGCGAUGCUCACGCUUUAAGUUCUUUCGUUGAACCUGCCCGUCGGUCAUCACCAAAGCUCAGCUAACCAACAUCCCAAAGGAGGCUAGGGGUCACUGACAUGACAACCACUAAACGCGCCGGACGCAGUGACCUAGGCUAAGUCCGUCCGUCGGUCAAUCAUCGAAGCUCAGUUAGCCAGCAACACAUCGGACCGUUAAAUCGGAGCCAUGGCGGGGUCGUUCGACGACCCGGAUUUAGCGGUGGAGGACUACAUUCCCAAGGACAAGGAAGACAUGCAGCUGAUGCGGGAAAGAUGGUCCAAGCUGCUGCUGGGGGACGAUCCCUCCGGGGGAGCUAAGGGGUGCGGGCCUGCUCUUGCCAUGGCCAACGCCAUCACCAGCGUCUCAGCAUCCAUUUUCGGCGACGGCCUGCGACUGCGGCCGUUACCAGAGGAGGACGAGCGCAAGUGGCGGCGGGAGAUGGGCAUCAUGGUGUCGGUGUGCCGCCACAUAGUCGAGCUGGCACCUGCAUGGACCACCCGGCCUGACGGCUCUAGAUUUGAGGUGAUGCGUCGCAGUGUGCGAGCAGACCUUCGGAUUCAGCUGCCGGCACUCAGCCAGCUCGAUACUAUGCUGCUGACCAUUCUGCAGCACAGCCAGUCGGACGAGUACUACUACGAGGACGAGCUGCCAGGGGGCGAUCUAACCCAGGAGGACGGUGAGGAGGAGGAGGAUGAGGAAGAGGAAGAUGAGACCGAACGCGGUGACGAUGAUGUUGAUGAUGAUGAUGAUGAUGACGACCGAGAGAGCUUUGGAGAGGGGAGCAUAGGAGGAAGCAGCAGUGGCAUGGGCGGUAUGGGCGGCAUGGGGGGGUCGGCAGGGGACCUUUACGGCGCGGCAGACAAGCCGUUCAGGCGCAGUGCUACAGCCCCGUCCGAGCGACCCGCUACUAGCGCUGGCCCGUAUGGGUCCGGAGGAACGGGUGGGCGGCUAGGAGGGGGUGGUGACGGAGGAGAUAGGGGAAGGGGAGGGGGGCGGGGAGGGAGCCAUGGGCAUGGGUCGGGGCAUAACUCUGUCCAUGGGUCAUCAACGCGUGGGUCGUCGACACGAGGGUCGUCAGCACAUGGGUCGUCAGCUGACGAGGAGGAGUUUGUGGAUGAUGAGGCGCGCUUCAGCCAGGCGGGGGAAUUUGACGGCGUGGAGCAGCAGCAGCACAGGCUUGGCUUGGGCUCAUCGCCUGGAUAUUGCGCUGAGAGGCGGGGCAGUGAGGAGGACUUUCAGCAGCAGCAGAUGCAGAUGCAGCAGCAGCGGGGAGGGGGAGGAGGGGAGGGAGAGGAUGCAUGCAGCAGUGGGAGUAACACGGGGAGUAAUGCUGGGAGUGCCACGGGCAGCAGAGGGGGAUCGAGUCCGAAUCCCGGCUCGUCUUGGGGCUUCCACCAGCGGUCCAGCAGUGCGGCCACUCCUGCUGCUGCUGCUGGUACUGCAGCCAGUGGGAGCACAGGAGCAGGUGGAUACGCAGGUGGAUCUUCAGGUGCUCCUUCAGGUGUUUCUUCAGGUGGUUCUCCAGCCUCGGGCAAGCGCCGGGUGUCGUCGCGGUCCUCCAGUUUCAGCUACGACUUCUCGGCUCUUCUAGGCGGCGGAAGGAGCCGCGGGGGAUCCAUCACUGCUGCUGCUGCAGCAGCAGCUGGGGUGGGGGGGCCAGGAGUAGGGGGGGGCAUCCCUUCUGGUGGUGGUGGUGCUAGUGGGGGUCUCAUGAGGGGACUCAAACGAAGUGUGACUGAUGUGAGGGAUAAGAGGAUCACUCCAGAAGCCAUGGGAGGGCCACAUGACGGGGGAGGAAUGGGAGGAGGCGAAGAUGGGGGAGGCGGCAACCAGGUGUGGCGGUGGCGGAUGAAGCCGCGGGUGCGGGGCGCGCUGGGGGAGGCGUUGGUGCGGUGGCUGGAGCAGCAGAUGGAGAAGACGAGCCAGAUCAUGAAGCUCGCCAUGACCAUCAACCAGCAGGUGCUCCAAGACAUGGAAGUCCCAGAAGCGUUUGUGCAGCGCCUGCCCAAGAACGUGAGGGCGGUGGUGGGCGACAGGGUGUAUGCAGCGCUGCACGCCAACCCAUUCACUGACGAUAAGCUCCUAUCAACAGUUGACCUUUCUAACCAGAAAGCGGCACUCAAGCUCGCCUGCAAGCUGGAGGCGGCUGAACAGAUCUGGAUGCGGCAGCUGUUGCUAGCAAGAGACCCCCAGCUGAGCCACACAUUCACCAGCAGCAGCCGGGAUGCGGUGCGAUUGGAGGAGAGCCUUCAGCGCGUGUCCUCCUGCCUUGCUGCCAUCCGCCGGCGUUGGCCCGACCUGCCACAAACAACUCUGGAUUUGGCAAAGAUCGCUUUUAACGGGGACAUAGGCAAAGCGGUCCUUGAGAGCUAUUCCCGCGUGCUCGAGGGAGCGGCGUCCAACAUCCGGUCUAGGAUCCGCGACGUGCUGCACGCCAACUACCUCUUCUUGAACCCGCAGCAGUUCAUGGACCUGCCGUGCGACCCGCACCCGCAGGGCCUGCGCCACCCGACCUUCAGCGUGCUCAUGCCGGAGACCGUCUUCGACGCCGUCUCCCUCUCCAGCGACAACAGCGAGUCCACCAACGGUAGCGUGCGCUCCUUCGACUCCAGCCGCAGUGGCGGCAGCACCCGGUCAGGGAAAGGGGCGAGGGGAGGGGGAGUGGGUGGAGGAGGGGGGGGAGGAGGGGGUGGGGAUGGUGCAGCGGGGUUGGGUGCGGCGGUGGGUCCGGGGUAUCCGAGCUCAGGGGUGCUGGGGAAGGCCUCGGCCAAGUGGGACAUGCGGCCGCCUCGCAGCCCUGAGCUGCGCAGCCCGUUGAUUGCGGGUGCUGGUGGCGGGGUAGGGGUAGGGGGAGGGGCGGGAGUGAGUGGGGGUGGAGGUGCCGGGGUUUAUCCUUCUUCGGGGUCUGGGGGAGGUGGAUCUGGGGGAAGCUCGCCCUCUGCCAGUCCCAGCCGGCCGGUUCAGAGAGAUAGGUUUCUGAGGCGCACCGGGUCGUUGCAACCCACGGGGCGGCGGGGGAAUCGGUCGUUUGGAAGGAGCCAAAGCGGGGGGAUGGCGGAUGAAGUCAUGAUGGGGAUGGAUGGGAUGGGCGGCGGUGGGGGGAUGAUGAUGAGCGGUGGUGGGGGGAUGAUGAUGGGGGGCGGUGGGGGAGGAGCGGGGGGAGGAGGAGGAGGAGGAGGAGGAGGAGGGCGUGGAGGGGGAUCGCCUGGUUACCAGGUUUCGCCAUCGCGAGGACCGGUGCAAUUUUCGCCAGGUGCUGGGUUGCCGCCUCAGCCUCCAGCAAGGACUCGAUCCGCCAGUGCAGACUGGAGUUGACCCUCUGAUCCUUAAGAUUUUUUUUAUUUUUUUUUUCCACGUUUCUUUUCCCAACGAGCAAUGUUGCAUUAUAUUCAGACAAGACAACGGGGGUAUUUAUGCAUAUACAACUCAAAUGACA